ACGUUUGCGGAAAAUCCGCUCAAGGGAGCGAAUCCGCCAAAGACGGAGGGUGACUGUACCGUUCGCCCUUUCCACCUUCUGCAAUACUGCUCCACCUUUUCUCUCUCUCUCUCUCUCGCCUUCUGUUCGCCGAGCGGUCUGCGUUCUCCAAUACGGUGAACGCAUUCCGUGCGGUGGGUAGUUCGAACUGAAAUUCGCAAACUCGCACUCGCAUCAGUUGCAAUUCGCGCGUCGAGCUCGGUGGACGAGUUUGGUGAGAGCGGUCAAAGUACACUAGAGCAAAACUACGCUCGAAAUUGGAAAAGCUCGGAAGACGGAAGAGCUAUUUUCUCGAAGGGAGGAUAAAUUCGAUUCUUCUGCUGGCACGCCGUUCUCAUACUUUUCCUUCUUCGUCUCAUCCGCGCGUCGCUUCGUCUCUUUUUACUAGAAGCGAAGUUGUCGAUGAUGAGUGUUUCGGCGUGACAAAAUGCUCUCGGGUUACCAUCGAAUCGAAUGCUCGCUACUCUUCUACCGAUAUUUGUACUCGCAAAGAAAUUCCGUUACGUGAAAAGUUCGAGAGGAACCGAAGAAGAUGCGGAAAAAAAGAACGACGACAAGACAGAUAAGUUUGGCCACGAAUGGCGCUUUAUCGUUCCCAUACUCUUAACCACACUUAUUCUUUUUUAUUCUCCUUUGCCUAGUUUCACGAUUUAGUUCUCUUUCGAGCUUUCAUCCUCCAUUGUGAAGCGGUGUACGAUUCAGCGUACGUAUAUAAAUCGCAAGAAUUUGGCACGAAGCUGAAAUCGUUGGAGAGUGUCGAUUUAUGUGACGCCUUCCAUGUAAUUUUAAUAUUACUUGAUUUAUCUACAUUCCUCGAUAACACACCCCACGCUAAAAUUGAAAGGGUAACUUUGCUCUGCAAUCGUUUUUUUCACGAUCCGAAUCCUCUAGAUCGGCCCGAAAACGGUAAUGGUCUAAACGUACAUAUACUACGGAUUGAUAAUCCCACUUGGCACGUAACCCAAGAACCGUUUGUAUCCGCUUUGUCUAUCGAUUAUACGCGUUUUCAUCGGUUGCCGUAAAUACGAUUAUCUUGAACGUGAAACCGAUUGUACUCGUAAAACUUUUGCUUUUCCACGUUUCAUCUCCAAACCUCACUAGUCAACGAUAUUAUACCGAGUUUCACUUGUAUCCAAAAUUACUUGCUUCUCUUAAAAAUGCUCAAUUCUCCUUCGAUAUUUCGUUACAAGCACUCACAUUUGUAACGCACGAAGAGAAUUAAACGGGGAGAAGUUAACGAAAAAUAUUUAUUCCUGUAACGCAACGUUAAAUUUUCAAUAUUUUAUGGAAUUUUCAGUUUAAUAAUAGUAAAUAUUGCAGACAAUGAAAUUUACGGUAUACGCAUACUAAAAUUUACAAAACGUUUGGUAAAUUUAACGGCGCUUCCAAAUUCCGUAGUACACCGAAUCGGUGAUUUACACACUUUAAUAAAGUGAUAAACACUCGUACGGAAAUUUUUACCGUGCAGCACGGUAAAAUUCGCCGUAACGCUCGUGUUAUAUUUCAAAAUAAAUGUUGAAAUAAUCUGCAAAAGUAUUGCAAUUCUCUUCCUGUAUAGACGUACAAAAAAAUAAAUAUUCCAUAAAUGUAACGAAACUGAGAUACGAGAGUAAUCUAUAACUGUUGAAAUAUUUUAUUAAACAUUGACCGCGCAAUCAUUCUACCGGAAUGUGAUAUAAACGUUGUCGCGUUUCCUACCGGCAUAUUUCCGAAAUUUCCAGUAAUUCGUCAUCUCUCUCUUACUUUUCCAACCAACACGACCACAAAUAAACCGCACAGCACGCUCAAAUAUGUAUUAGCUAGUACGAGCGCGCAGUACGCUUGAUUGGAAAACAUCAUUCGUCGGCACUCCCCGCAAUUAUAACUACUAAUUGUUUUCGAAACGAGGCUUUAUGUCGAGACAAACACGAUUAUUUGAUCCGAACCUACGGCUUAUUAGAAAAUUGUGGGCAAAACCAAAUGUAAUUUGUAUCCUUCACGCGAAUGACUUGCGAUUGAAUUUUUCAUCGUCCCGUCAGUCGAACAUGUGUAUGUGCGCGGAGCGAUAUUAUUUUACCUCUUCGUCUGUCAAUUGAACUAAAGUUUAUCAAUGUUUGUAUUAAUUCUACUAUUUAAUGAAUGAUUAGCAAUCAAAUCCUGUGAUAAAAGGUACUCGAUUGUAUUUGCAACGCUAAAGAGAUGCACGGUGUUCGCAAAUAUCGAAUCGGCCAACAAUGGCUGUGACCUGUGAUUGAGUUUCAAGGGUUUACCGAACCAAGCUCUUCUUUGAUCCGGCUGAUCCUCGGUCAACAUCAACAAUCUGACUCGAAUCUCAAGCUCGAACGUUGUUUCGUCGAAAUCGACUGCUAUAGCCUGCGCGUCUUUCACAAAGAGGAAGUGAAUUGCUGCUGUGAUCUUCCAAGCCCGAAGACAUUUCGACGAGAGCUCGUUGGAGAGCGUCCAUCCACUGGGAACGCUGACCGAGGGUCGUAUAAGCAACGAUUGCACGGCGAUAACGAGUCACGAGCUUAAUCGCGAAAGUAUCGAGGUUGAAGUUACGUCGUUGGAGGAAGCAAAAUCAGUUAUAGCCGCGUUAAGGGCGAGGCAAAGGGCUCAGGCGCAUCAAAUGCUCGCCUGGCGAAGGACUCUUAAAUUACAGGAGGAUCUCGUAGCGAGAUUGACGAGAGAAAAAGCGGAACAGUUGCGCACCCUGUCGUCACAAUUGUUGUUAUUCGAGUCGAGAUUAUGCAGAAAACAGAAGGAAAUAGAGGCGAGUCUUGCCCAGCGGGAGGCUAUUAUUUUACGACAACAAAGAGUCAUAAGACAAUUGCAGAGUCGUUUGGCAGAGAGAAGCAGCAGUACGAGAGACUCGCCACCUUGCGACGCUCUGGACCGUCUGGACAGUCUCGGCGACAGCGACAGCGCGGUCGUGCUCGAGGAAGCCGCGGACGAUCCUGCACCGCCCAGAUUUCGAUCGAACAUCACGGACGUGACGGUGAUACGUUCCGUGUCGGACGCGGUCGAACCAUCGAGCAAAUAUUCAUCGAUGCGGAGGAGCAACGGUUAUUUGAGAAGGCCGGAAAUAUUGGAGACAGUUUAUUCGGUAGAGGAGGACGUUGACAGCGAGAACAAUCAGCAGGAUCCAUCGGGAUCGGCGGAAAUCACAGAAAUGGACGAUAGAAGGGGAGUACUCGGGGGAGGAGGAGGAGGAGGAGGAGGAGGGGGCAGCAGCGGAGGCGGAGGCGGUGGAGGUGGAAAAAUAAUUGGACCGAGCGGGAAAGGCAGACUCCAGGAUCUUUACGGUAGUUUUGAGCGUCUCGCGCAGGAAGCGGACUCGACGAUCGCCGAGAGACCGAGAGACGAGAGCCAACAGGCACAGGUCACGUACAACAGGGUUAUGAGCAAUCACAGAUCCGUCACUAAGCCAAAAGACGUCAAGUACAAAAGGAUCAACAAAGCUAAAUCCAAGAGCCUCGAAGAAUUACGAGGCAGAUUAAGAAAUUGGGUAGAGAAAGGCAACAAAAUUGCGAUUUCCUUGGAUCAAUCCUACGCCUGAAAUUCCUUCUCCCAUUCAUCAUUAUCCAACCGAGUUUUUUCUCAUAUGCAUUUAUAUAUUAUUUCAAUCUAUGAUGCUCUAUUUUUCACACGCGAUCCUCCUACCACAAGUCCUGUCUCUCCGAAACCAGGCAAUUAUUCUUCGAUACCCAAUUUUAUACUUUGCCAAUUGUGAUAUAUAUUUAUCGUUAACUCGCGGGCCUUCGUUGACGCGCGAUAAUCGCGAAACGAGCACUUUUGCUCCCAUCUUCCUCGAGGUAGAUUGAAACAAUCGAAUAUUACCGAAUUAACAUUCAAUCGUUGAAAAGUAAUCGACUUGCGCGUUAUUUCAAGUUGCUGAAAGUCAUUUGAAACGAUUUAACAUCGAUCAGAUAAGUACAAGUUCUUCGAAAUCGGUUGAAUCCCAUUGGAAUCCGUCAAAUCAUUCAAUUAGAUUAAGUUUAGAUUUUCAAGAGUAAAAAUCUAUUGACACCGUGUGCACCGGUGCGGAAAAGUAAACGCGUAGAAAACGUCGUGUUCAAUAUUGAUUUUUAUUAUUUUUCAUUCGUUUGAGACGCAUUCAAUUUUCCAUGCCAAAAAUAUUGUCGUUGUACGAGAGAAAAAAAAAACAAUCCAGGCGAUCGAGUCGAAAUGGGCUUCGCGUCAAAACGACGAGGGAUGAAAUCCCUCUGUCGAUUACGACUAUUCAUAAUGCGAUUGCGAUUUCAAUAGCUGUAGAAACGAAAAUAAAUCAAAGCUCAAUUUCGGCUAUUGUCCUCGUCUCCGAUCUGCGAGAAUUUUUUUUUUCUCUACUUGUAGCUACGAAAUCCCUCGUUUCCAUAAGAAAGAGCGGCUAACAGCGGAAACGCAUAGAAUCUUCCGAAACAGCCAAAAACUCGAACUCCUUCCUUCAAGGAGGACUGCUUACUCGAAAGUUCGAAAUUUCUAUAGCGCCAUAAUCGCGAGCGUCUAGAAAAAAAAAUUGAAAAAUAUUUCUUAUAUGGAAAGUGGAAGAAGUGAAAAGAGCCUCGACUCGAAUUAUUCUAAAUCGCAUCUUUUCUCCGUGCCGAAAAACGCGAAGAGAAACAAAUGUCUCUAACGGAAAAUCGCUAUUUCCUGACGGCAGUGCCAAACGAUAAUAUUAAUAAAUUUGUUAAAUCGUAAUUAUUACGAUGCGAGAACAACAAUGAGGGUCUAGAUCGAAAGUUCGAUGUGAGAAAUAAGAAGAAAAAAAAACACACACACACACACACAAGUAUCGUUGAUUAGGUAAAAAAAGCUAUUGACAAUCUGAAUUGCAGUGAGGACUUGAGCAAAGAGUGAGAUUUACAGAAGACAGUUUUCUGCCCUUUUUCCCCUCGUGUAAAUAAUUUCAUUCCUAUUUAAAUACAAACAUAUAUAUGUAUAUAUUGAUUAACAAUGUGGAUUAAUAAUAAUGCAUACAUAUAUGUUUAUUUAAAUAUGACGAGUAUCCUAUUGAAUGUAACAAUACGUGGAAAUUGAGAAUGCUACGAAUUUCUGUAGAGAUAUACAUGCAUUAUAUGGCGAUCUAAUGAAAAUUCAUCGCAAUUUAUGUCGAAUGAAUUUCAAUGUUCCUGAGGGCUGUUAACCCAAAAACAGCUAAUAAGCGAUCUCUUCUGCAUAAUAUAUUACGAAAUGACAAGAAUUUUUUUUUUUUUUUUUUUCUAAAUAGGCGUAUAAUAAUCAGAAAUAUUUACGCGUUCGAGAAAGAUUGCAUAAUUAAGGAAAGCUCACUGAUCGCGCACGUUUGUGCACAAAAGAAUAAUACAAUUUUGAAAAAGAGACCGAUCUUGAUGCAUUUCAACUCGUGAGUAAAUUCCGAGUCCGGUAAAUGCGCGCUUUAUAUUGCACUGUUAUACAAAAGGAAGCCGGGUCAAUUACAAAUGUCGCGAUUCAUUCAAAUUUCGAUUGCAGCAAAAAAAAAUCUUAAAAGAUAAAAUCUAGAUUUAUUCAACGAAAAUAUCGCAAAAAUCCACUUUCUCACGACGUGUUAAAAACCGCGACUCCGAAAUAUUGUAAUCACUAAAAAGCAAAAACCGCGUGUAUAUAUACACAUAUGAAUAAACAUUAUAUAUAUAUAUAUAUAAAUAUAUGUGUACGAAAAUAAUAGAAUACAUACAAAAAUAUAUAUUCGCUGAUAAUUUAAAAUUAGAUCAAUGCGAGUGCGAAAGUCAAUGAUAACUAUAAUUUAUAUGAGACGAGAUGAUGAAUAGUUUUAUGCACGCGUUUUGAAUCGUGUAUAUAAUAUGAAUAUUAUUAAAAAUUGCGUCGCUUGGUUUAGCAACAACUCCAUGUAGACUGCACUAUUGCGAAAUCAUAGAUAAUAAUUGUAUUAUUUUUAAUAUUAUUGAAUCAUGAAAUAAAUUAUAAUAUAUAUGCAUAUAUAUAUAUUAUAUACUGUUUCGGUAUAUAAAUAUAUGGAUAUAUAUAUCAACGCAGAGUUUUUGUA